AUGAGACGACCACUCCAUCGACACGGACUGGCGCCGCUUGUCGUGCUCUCAGCGGUUCUGGUUAGUCGGACAAUUGCUCGAGUUUUCCAGACGGACGCAUGUGAGAAGCCAGCGCCGACACUAGCAACUUUGCGACGGAGUGAGGAUAGCGCGUCGAAUGCUGAGGUUGUGUAUCAAAACUGCACGGUGGUGAAAAUCAGCUCCACGUCCAGCAACGGAACGACGACGAUCGAUGCCAGCAAUUUGGAGAUCGCAGCAAUCUCGAGUUUCCCGGCCGUGACCACCGUCGUAUUAUCAGGAAACCAGGUCACCACUAUCUAUGAAGACACCGAGGCCACCGUCAAGACGUUGGACUUGUCGACGAAUGGACUCAGCGCUUUGGACGCCUUAUCAAUCCCCAGCAGUGUCACCCGACUGGUAUUAGACAACAACUCGAUUAAGAGUCUCGACGACGGAGAGAUCCCGGAUACUGUCACUACUUUGUCUUUGAAGAACAACGGCAUCGUUGUCCUCACCAGCUUCACUUUCAGCGAUACCCUCGUAGUGCUUGAUACGAGUCAGAACACUAUUCACGAUCUGUCCAAGUGGCAAAUGCCGACCCAGCUUCAGGUUUAUUCAUGUAUCGACUGCGAUAUUGAGAAACUCUCGGGCGUGACGUUGCCAUCCUCCGGUUCGCUGACUUCUCUCGAUCUGGAAGGCAGCACCGUCGACUCUUUCGAGGUCGCAAACUCGAGCAUGCCGCUUCUAGCAGGCCUAGGUUGGUUCAAACUGACAGUGUCAAGCUCCAGUUGUAGCGACUCAAGUGCCACUCAACAACAGGUGCAGACCGUACCUGUUUGUAUCCUACCCGAUGCAGUAUACAACAGCAAGUUUGUGAUCUCAGACUCAAAUGGAACUCCUGGACCGCCUCCGAAUGGCUCGGAGCCAAUCGGUGCUAGUGCUUCCGAGACUACCGCUUCAUCUGGCUGGAUGUUAGUGGCGAUGAUUUCAGGCGCAGCGCUACUUUUAGUGGUCAUUGGCGGUGCAGUGGGAUAUCUCGUGUUCCGGCAUCGCCGCACAAACGAGAAAUUCAAGGACUACACGGCGGACAGGAGCUCUGGAUUUCGGUCUAUAGCUGAAGCUCGUACCACCACGAACCCCACGACUCACACGUUCUUCGAACGGACAUUAAAUACGGGAAAUAUGGCAGCAGAAGAGCAUUCCGAUCUGGACGAUACUCUUGUCAGUACGAAGCAUCGAGGGAUGAACAGCACCAUGGCCUCUUCUACUUCCACUCAUGUACCAUUACCACUGUCCUUAGACAACGAUAUUCGCACGGAUCAGGAGAUGCGGGGCUUCCGUUUGAUGCACGAAGAAGUGGUUCGAGGCAAGUUAAUUGCCAAGGGAGGCUAUGGUGCUGUAUACAAAGCUACGUUCCGUGACAAGACUGUGGUUACCAAGCAACUCCUGCCAGAACGAGCUCGUGAUCCGAGAAUGUUGAACGACUUUAUGGACGAAAUCCGGACGUGUGCGUCGCUGGAUCAUCCGAAGAUUGUGAGAUUUAUCGGCUUUACCUUCACUUCUCUAGUGGAUCUCUCUGCAGUGUUUGAGUACAUGCCCAAUGGAGACCUCGCUACACUGCUACAGAAGCAACUUAAACGCGAGACGCGUGAUCCAUCGGCUCGUGACUCUUACGGCUGGUUCAGGUCUAUGAAAUCCAACAGAGGAGGCCUCAAAUGCAAGUCUCUCGUAGCUCUCGACAUCGCUGAAGCGCUCGUGUAUCUACAUUCCUUUGAGAGUCCUAUGAUUCAUCGAGAUCUCAAGCCGAACAACGUGUUGAUGAGUGAGAAAUGGGAAGCUAAACUCACGGACUUUGGAGUAAGUAAGGAACUCACAGAGGACCAGACGAUGACUGCUGAGAUCGGUACGAUCUCCUGGAUUGCACCCGAAGUGUUGCGUGGAGAACGGUAUUCAGAGAAGGCGGAUGUGUAUUCUUUUGGCGUCAUCAUGACCGAGUUGGACACGUGUCGUCGACCGUACUCCGAAGGCGUCCCGACCGACAGCAACCGCGGUGGGAACAUCAAACACACGAACGCUCGUAUCGCUGUAGAAUGCAGCGACUGCCGAAUCACAGAGAUCGUGGGUGUAACAUUCCCAUCGAAACUCAAGACAAUGACGUUGGGAGGAACUACUGUUACAAACUUUGUCGUGCGAGAAUCCGACGUCGACGUACUGAAGACUGCACAACUGAGUCUCACUGUCAGUUUGGACGAGGAUGACUGCUCAAGCGUAUCAGGCACGGUCACAACGAUUUCAAGCAGUGUCUCUGCCUGCGUUCUCGAUGAUACAUCAUUCUCCAGCUUGUAUCCAAUUAGCAAUGAUUCUGGUUCUUCUGGAACCAGUUCCAGUAAUUCCACGACAACCAGCAGCUCCAGCACUAAUGGAGACAGCACUACCAGUAGUAACAACACAAACCAAGCGUCAGGUGGAUCGGGAACUAAUACUGUGGUCAUCAACGAAAGCAGCUCAAGCUCCAGUGCAGGUUUAAUCGGUGGUAUCGUUGCAGGUGUUGUCGCUGUUCUUCUCAUCAUCGUCGGCUUCAUCGUGUAUCGUCGACGUCAGAACAAGCGACGUAACUCGAACGCUGAUGGCUUUAUGGCUCUACCGACAAGUAAAAACCCAUCUGGUGGUCUUACGGCAGGCUCUGCAUCACAAACACUAUCGCUCCCUCCAUCAUCCGAUGGCUACCUCAGCAACGACGUGAGGAACGACGAAGAUUUGAUCCCUUACCGCCUGCCAAUCGAGGACAUUGUGAUCCAGGAAGAGCUCGCAAGUGGAGGCUUUGGCGUCGUUCAUCUCGCGCAUCUCUACGGCCAACGUGUGGUGGUUAAGCAGAUUCUACCCAAGGCCAUGUCUAAAGAUCUUUUACGUCGAUUUAUGGAUGAAAUCCGUCUGUACGCACGCAUGGACCACCCGAAGAUCGUACACUUUAUCGGCUUAGCAUGGACGAACCUCCUGGAUCUGUCUUUAGUCGUCGAGUACAUGCCUCGAGGUGACUUAACUACACUAAUCAGGCAGAAACGGCUUGAAAAAGAUGGUCGUCGGACCUUCUCGUGGGUCGGUGAGGACUCUCAACCACGCAGCAAGAUCGAAAUUGCCUUGGAUAUGGCGGAGGGACUCGUGUACUUGCACUCGUUCGACCCGACGAUCAUCCACCGCGACAUCAAGUCACGCAACGUGUUACUGAAUCACGAGUGGGAAGCCAAGCUCAGUGACUUCGGUAUCUCACGAGAAGCUUCUGAGUCGACUAUGACUGGCGGUAUGGGCACCAUAGCUUGGAUUGCACCAGAGGUUUUGCAGGGCGAACGGUACUCAGAAAGCGCGGAUAUCUUCUCGCUCGGUAUUACUCUGAGUGAGAUGGAUACCUGCGGUCACCCGUACAACAGCCACAAAUCCGAGGUCGAUGCUCUUACUGAUGCGAAGAUCGCUCUGCUAGUGAGUACGAACGCCAUCAAGCCCACGAUCGAAGACGAUUGUCCACCCGAGAUCCGCGACGUGAUCCUCAAAUGCGUGUCUUUCAACGCGUCCGAUCGACCAACAGCCGUCGCAUUGCACUAUCAACUGAGAACGAUCGCCAAUACCUACCAGGAUAUGGCGAUGAUGCAGUGAAAAAUUCAUCAAAACCACAUAAUGAGGGGUUAGCUCGAGGGAAAUGGCUCCUGCCUAUUGAAAAUACAUUUAAAGUUUUUAGCAACGA